UCAAUAAGCGAAUUCGGAAAAAUUUAAGGAAUAACAACUAUGAAAAUAAGGGCUUCCGUUCGUAAAAUUUGUGAAAAAUGUCGCCUAAUCCGUAGGAGGGGACGAAUUAUCGUAAUUUGUUUUAACCCGAGACAUAAACAAAGACAAGGAUAAUCUUUCUAUUCUAAAAAGAACUCCUGAAAGAAAAGAAACUAAUCUUAAAGAAAGCGAUAAACAAAUAAAAAUAGAAGAUCUGUUUUGACAUGAAAUGGAUAUAUCCAUAUAUCUCUGACUUAUCUUUAUGAAAUGAUAAAAUAUGGCAAAACCUAUACCAAAAGUUGGUUCACGUAGGAAUGGGCGCAGUAGUGCACGGAAAAGUGCACGUAGAAUACCAAAAGGAGUUAUUCAUGUUCAAGCAAGUUUCAACAAUACCAUUGUUACUGUUACAGAUGUACGGGGUCGGGUAAUCUCUUGGUCCUCCGCCGGCACUUGUGGAUUCAAGGGUACAAGAAGGGGGACCCCUUUUGCUGCUCAAACCGCAGCGGGAAAUGCUAUUCGAGCAGUAGUAGACCAAGGUAUGCAACGAGCGGAAGUUAUGAUAAAGGGUCCUGGUCUCGGAAGAGAUGCAGCAUUACGAGCUAUUCGUAGAAGUGGUAUACUAUUAAGUUUCGUACGGGAUGUAACCCCUAUGCCACAUAAUGGCUGUAGACCUCCUAAAAAAAGACGUGUGUAGAAAUAAACACUAAAGAGAUUUCAAGAGAAAUAAAUGAUUCAAUGAUCUGAUCAAAUAAAAUAAUAUUACUAUGGUUCGAGAGAAAGUAAAAGUCUCUACUUCGACUCGGACACGACAGUGGAAGUGUGUUGAAUCAAGAACAGAUAGUAAGCGCCUUUAUUAUGGACGCUUUAUUCUGUCUCCACUUAUGAAAGGCCAAGCCGACACAAUAGG